GGUGCGUAGAGCGGACUGGUGUGCACCUAUACCGACGAACGAGAGGGCCGUGCGAGCGGAACUGCCGGAGAAGACCAGACACAAUGUCAGCGCACGCCGUGAGCGCCGAGCAGCAGUCCGACGAGAAUGGGCUGCAGCGGAGUGACAACUCAGUUCUGUUCGAGGAUGUCUUGGAGCGGUGCUGCGGCACCGGACGCUGGCAGGUGCUCCUGGUCAGCUACAUGUCCGUCAUGUGGCUCAUCUUCCCCUCAUUCUCACUGUCGAUGAUCUUUGUAGGCGCAACGCCGAAGUAUAAAUGUGCCGACGGGUUCGACGUCAACACCACUUUUGCAGAUCUUCCAGAGGAAGCGCCACGGUGUCACCCUCUCGGCGAUAACAGCUCCUCGUGCACGCGCUGGGCGUUCGACAAGUCCGUGUACGAGUCGACAGUGGUGACCGAGUGGAAUCUGGUGUGCGCGAGGAAGCCGCUGCUCUCCAUGCUGCAGUCGUGGAUGAUGAUCGGAGGUAUGGCAGGCUCGGUGAUCGGUGGACAACUUACGGACCGGUUCGGUCGCCGGACCGUCUUCCUGCCCUCGAUGCUUCUCGUAAUCGCCUGUUCCUUCUCUGCAGCACUGGUGAGCGACUACAUCAGUUUUGCCGUGGUCCGAUGUCUGACGGGGUUUGCCAUGGCCAGCAUGAUCGCCAGCCAGUACGUGCUAGUGACAGAGCUGGGCGGCUGCAAGCAUCGGGCGACGCUAACCACCGUCACGUAUGCUCCAUUCUCAUGUGGAAUUAUGCUGGUGGCGGCGGCAUCGUACGGCAUCCGCACGCGCUGGUUGCUGCAGCUGGCGUUUGCCGUUCCGUGUGUGCUGUUCCUGCCCAACUUCUGGCUGAUGCCCGAGUCGCCGCGUUGGCUGCUGGUCCAGGGCCGCCUUGAAGAGGCGUGCGAGGUGCUGCGUCAGGGUGCGCGCUGGAACCGCCGAAAGAUGCCGCCCGACGACCAGGUGCUCAAGAUGAUGGAGGACGCGCGGCGGGGACUGCUGGCUCGUGAAGCGGCACUGAAGGGCGACGGCGAAAGGUCCGCACUGGAGCGCGCUCUGGACCUGGUGAGAACGCCACGCAUGCGCACUUACACCCUAGCCAGUGCCUACAUUGGUUUUGCUAUAUCAAGUGCGUACUUUGGCAUUUCAUUCGACAUGGCUCAGCUGAGCUCAAGUCCUCAUCUUGCUGCAGUGCUCUCGGGUGUUGUGGAGCUACCGUCCAACUUCAUUUUUCCCAUGCUCAACUUCUUUGGUCGCCGUCGCUGCUACACGUUUUUCCUCUCCCUAACGACGGUGACCAUGUUUGUGGUGUUUGUCAAGAAGGACGCCACCCUGUGGCUUGUGCUGGGCCUGCUUGGCAGGUUUGGUGUAUCAUGUGCGUUUACGAUGCGGAGUUCGUACCUGUCUGAGUACAUGCCCACUCAGCAGCGUGGCCUGGCGCUGGGCGUCAGUCAGAUGGCGGUCCGGGUGGGCGGCGCCGUGUCUCCGUUCGUGGUGGACCUGGUGAGCGAUGUGCACGAGCUGGCGCCGUCGGCCGUGUUCGGUGCCGUGGCGCUGGUGGCCAGCCUGGCGGCGCUGCUGCUGCCCGAGACGGCCGGCAGACCGAUGCCCGAGACCGUGGCAGACGUGGAGACAACGGGAAUACUGAUCGCGGACCGCUCUGCUGCUCAGACCAAAGGCGGCGUCAUCAACACUGCAGCCCAGUUAGACGACAGUACCUAAUUUGUGAUGAACAUGUACUGGGUAUGCGUAUGCACAUUUAUUCUAUGAAUGCGUAGACGUGUGAAGCAUAAAUGUUCAUUUAUGUAAGAAAAUUGAAGUUUUAUUUUGUAGCAGAAUAAUCGAUAAUGUCUGUGCUCCAUGCAUAACAUUUAUAUGAAGGGGCAAACGCUUUGAAUUCUUUA